AUGCUCUGCUUCAUGGCUGGUGGGUUCAAGAAGCUGAAGCAACUAGGUUUGUACAAGUUUGAAGGGCUGAGAUUUGUGGAAAUACAAAAGGGAGCAAUGUCGUGCAUUGAAAAGCUUAGAAUUCUGGGGUGUAAGUCGUUGCAGAAGGUGCCGCUGGGAAUUGAGCAUCUGAACCGGUUGAAAAUGCUAGAGUUUUUUGACUUGCCACAUAAAUUGCUGAAGACGAUUCGCCGAGAUGAAGGAGGUGAAGAUUACUGGAGAGGUGCACACAUUCCUAAAGUGAAUUCAACCUACUGGAGAGACGGGGGAUGGGAAGUUCAGAUACUUUUACCGCCACUUCUCAUGGCAGGAACCGCCGUGAAGUUUGUACUCGAUAAGCUCACACCAUUCUUCUCAAACGAAGUGCAAAUGAUGAACAGUGUUCGUGAAGAAGUUGUUUACGUGAGAACAGAACUGGAGCGCAUGAAGGUGUUCUUGAGAAGCGCCGAUUGUUUAGAAGAAACCGACGAAGAAGUCAAAUUUUUGGUGAAGAAAAUCAGAGAUGUAGCUCACGAUAUCGAAGAUGUUUUAGACGAGUUCACUCUCCAUCUUACUCACAACCACGGCGAUGGUUUCUACGGCUUUCUUCACAAGCUUUCGUGUUGUGUCAAGGACAUGAAGGCUCGUUAUCGAAUAGCGUAUGAAAUCCAAGGCAUCAACUCAAGAAUCAAGAGUAUUUACGAGGGACACCUCAGACUCCGUAAAAAAUUCCGAGCAGCUGAAGAGGCUGGUUCGAGUUUGGCGAAUUCAUGGAAUGACCGUCAUGGGGACGCUCUUCUUUUGGACGAGACUGACUUGGUUGGCAUUGAUGGGCCUAAAGAGAAGGUGGCUGAGUUGCUAGUGGGCGGUGGCUUAGGCCGUCAAGUGGUUUCUCUGGCGGGGAUGGGAGGAAUGGGAAAGACAACUUUGGCGUAACAAGUCUACGAUGAUAGACAACUUAAGAAACACUUCACUAUCCGUGCUUGGAUCACUGUUUCAAGAAGCUUCAAGAUGGAGGAGCUUCUUAAAGAUAUGCUUCAGCAGCUUUUUCAAGCAAUUAGGAAGUCGGUUCCGAAGGCUGUGGAGACGAUGAGUAGUGAUGGGUUGAAGAAAAUAAUGAAGGAUUUUCUUCAGGAAAGGAGGUACUUGAUUGUUCUUGAUGAUGUGUGGCAUAUAAAUGAUUGGGAUGCGGUGAAAUAUGCUUUGCCCACCAACAAUUGUGGCAGCCGAGUGAUGCUCACUACUUGUAAAGUUGAUUUAGCCUUCACUUCUCGGUUGGAAUCCGAAGGUUGGGUCUAUAAUUUGCAGCCAUUGCCUUCUGAAGAGUCCUGGAUUCUUUUUUGCACCAAAACAUUUCAUGGAAAAGCUUGUCCUCCACACCUGGAGGGAAUUUGUAGGUGUAUUUUCAAGAAAUGUGAAGGACUUCCUCUUGCAAUAGUGGCAAUUGGUGGAGUUUUGGCUGCGAAGGAUAGGCAGAGGAUUGAUGAAUGGGAAAUAGUUCAUCGGAGUCUUGGUGCUGAGAUUGAAGGCAAUGACAAACUCCAGAAUUUGAAGAAAGUGUUUUCACUCAGCCUCAAUGACUUGCCAUGCCAUUUGAAAGCAUGUUUUCUUUACUUGAGCAUCUUUCCGGAGAAUCAUUUAAUCGAACCAAUGAGACUGGUUCGGUUGUGGACGGUAUUGGAAAGCAAAUCAGAAUCAUUGGAUCGGAAUCAGAAUUAUUGGAAAGCAAUCAGAAUUAUUGAAAAGCAAAUCAGAAUCAUUGGAUAG